AUGGACAGCAGCACAGAGGCAAACUUCCCCUGGACGCCCGAGCAACUUGCCGUCCUUCCGCACGACAAUGCCGCCCCAAAGCUUCUGUCCAGCAUCUGGGCACUGUUCGCCGUUGCUACCCUUUUCCUAACCCUGCGCGUGUAUUGCCGCAUUCUGAAAAGACGCAGUCUGUGGUGGGAUGAUUACAUCCUCAUCGCCGCUUGGGUCUGUAGCCUCAUCGAAUGCUCCCUCCUGACGCAUAUGACGACCCUGGGCUAUGGACUGCAUAUCUGGGACUUUGACUGGAACAAUUUCCAAGCCAUCAUGGUGCCCACACUCGCAUCGGGCACCUUCUCGAUCACGGCGGCCGUCUGGAGCAAGACGUCGUUCGGCAUCACGCUGCUGCACAUCACCGACGGCUGGUACAAAAAGGUCACCUGGUUCUGCAUCAUCUCGAUGAACGUCUUCAUGUUCCUGUCAGCCCUGUUCCCCUGGGUCGACUGCACCCCCAUCAGCUCGGCGUGGGAUAUGUCCGUCAAGGGCACCUGCUGGGAUAUCAAGGUGACUGUCUACUACGACAUCUUCUCGUCGGGCUACUCGGCAUUGAUGGACAUCGUGCUGGCGAUUUUGCCGUGGAAGUUUCUCUGGGGGUUGCAGAUGAAGCCGAAGGAGAAGAUAGGCGUCAUCGCAGCCAUGAGCCUGGGUAUGUUUGCCGGCGCUACUGCCAUCGUCAAGACCACCCAGCUGCCCGACAUGCUGUCGGCAGACUUUGCUGACGGGGUCCCGCUCUGGAUCUGGGGCAACGCCGAGACGUGCGCCUCCAUCGUCGCCUCCAGCAUUCCCAUGCUCCGCGUGCUCGUCAAGGAAGCCGCCUCCUCCCGCGGAUACAAGAGCGGCGGCUACUUCGACCGGGGGACGGGAGUCACCGGCAACCACAGCAGAUUCGUCACCAUCUCGAGCCGGCCCGCGCCCACCAACAGCGAGCUCGAGCUCCACAAGCUCGGCGACGACCGCAGCGACCGGAGCAUCCUGGGCAAUAAUCCGAACCUGCAGGUGCCGCAGGCCAAGAAUGGCAUUGUGCAGGUGACGGAUAUUGUUGUCAAGUACGAUGAAGAAAACGCGCAGGGCAAAUGA